AUGCCUCUGCUUGACCACAAGACGCCUCGCGAAACCACGUCGCAGCCGUCUGUAGAAUUGUCAGAAAUUCCGAAAGAUGGCACGAAACUUACACCAGGAAAUGAGAAUUCCUCUGAAAAAAAUGAUACACCAGAGUCCCUCGAAUCGGUGGCCGGGGAGAAGAAUGACGCAAAUUAUCCCAAAGGCGUGAGAAUGUUUCUUAUAUUGUUCUCUUUGUGUCUUGCUGUCUUUUUAAUGGCACUAGACAAUUCAGUCAUAACCACCGCUAUUCCGAGGAUAACAGACGAAUUUGACAGCGUUUUAGACGUUGGUUGGUACGGAAGUGCUUAUUUGCUAACGACUGCCUCCUUACAACUUCUGUUCGGCAAGAUUUACACAUUCUGGAGCAUAAAAUGGGUUUUCUUAUCAGCAAUAGGAAUAUUUGAGCUCGGUAGCCUAAUCUGCGCUGUCGCACCGUCAUCUGCUACUUUUAUCGCCGGACGAGCUAUUGCUGGAUGUGGUUCUUCUGGUAUAUUCUCUGGCGCGUUACUCGUCAUCACUCAUACUUCGCCACUGGAAAAGCGACCAACGUACAUCGGCCUGGCGGGCGGUAUGUAUGGUAUUGCCUCAGUAGCUGGUCCUAUCAUAGGAGGUGUCCUUACUGACAACGUGUCGUGGCGAUGGUGCUUCUAUAUCAACCUACCAAUUGGCGGCCUCACAGUUUUGGUCAUCUUCCUGAUACUCAAAGAUCCACAGCGAAAUGUACCAAAGCUUCAGACUUGGAUCGAUCGUCUGAGGGCUUUAGAUCCCAUUGGUACUCUGUUCUUUCUGCCAGCAGUGGUGUGCUUGUUGCUGGCUUUGCAAUGGGGGGGCACGGAGUACAGUUGGAGCAAUAGCCGAAUUAUAGCUCUGUUGGUGGUUUUUGGUGUCCUCACUAUAGCGUUUCUACUCAUGCAAGCCCGUCUGAAAGAAGCUGCAACGGUACCCCCGCGUAUCUUCGCCAACCGCUCCGUCUGGGCUGGCUGUCUCUACGGAUUCUGUACUGGAGGAGCGUUUUUCGUGAUUAUAUACUAUGUGCCCAUCUGGUUUCAGGCGAUUCAAGGGGUGUCAGCCAUUGAAUCCGGUAUUCGAAACCUACCAAUGAUGAUCUCGACCAUCAUAAUGGCUAUAGUCGUUGGCGGCCUGGUGACAGCUCUGGGAUACUACACGCCAUUCAUGAUCGCAGCAGCGAUUCUCUCUUCCGUCGGAGCUGGCCUCCUCUCUACUUUCGAUGUCCACACUCCUAGCUCAAAAUGGAUCGGUUAUCAGAUUCUCUUCGGUAUCGGAUACGGCUUGGGUUCAAGACAGCCUCUGGUGGCCGUCCAGGCAGCCCUGCAGACCAAGGAUAUACCUAUUGGUACAUCAGUUGUUAUGUUCCUUCAAACACUUGGCGGAACGGUUUUCGUCAGUGUCGGAAACUCAAUCUUUGCAAAUUCACUUGUCAGUUCUCUUGAGCAGAAUGUGCCAUCCGUGAACCCAGCUACUAUCACUACAGCCGGGGCAAGUGACAUCAAGAGUAUCGUAUCCGCUGAGGCUCUUCCGCAAGUUCUCGCAGCAUAUAAUCAUGCUUUGGACCAAGCAUUCUUGGUAGCUGCUUCAAUGGCCGCACUUUCUGUCUUUGGAAGUGUUUUGACACCAUGGAUGAGUGUUAAGAAGAAUUACACUAAGGUGGACGAACCAAUGGAGGAAGCUCAUCAUAAAUGA